AUGUCUGGUCUAGACGUAGAAGCCCUUCUCGAAGCCUCCGAAGGGACUAAGCCAAGACAGCAACCUGAUCAUCACGAUAGUGCUGCUUCUACUCCGAAGCUCGACCGCAACGGCGGCGGGAGCGUUAAAUCUUCUUCUUCUAGAAGGGACCGAGACCGCGAUAGAGACGACAGGAGCCCGCGUAGUGAACGCCAUCGUGAGCGCAGGAGAAGCAGAAGCAGGGACAGCGAUAGGUAUAUUUCCAAGACCCUUCAAACCCUUUCAUCUCAACUGGGCCUAGAGAUUACUGACAUUAUCUCAAGACGCCGUUCGGGUCGUAGAGACUCCUACUAUGAUGGUGAUGAAUACUAUGAGUCUUCGUCUCGAUACAACAGGCACCGCUCCUGUGAAAGGGAUGAUGACAGGUAUUACUCUGGACGCGGUCGAGAUCGCAGAUAUAGGGAUUACUACGACGAGCGUGACAGAGAUGAUUAUUACAGAGGAGAUAGGCGUGACCGUGAUCGAAGAUCAAGGAGUCCUAGGAGGCGAGGUGGCCGUGGGAGGACUAGGUAAGUUUUGUUGAGCUGUGGGAAAGGUUUUAUGCUAAUGUUAAUAGGUCUCGCUCUCCUCAGUUGACUGAAGAUGAACGUGAUCGUCGUACUGUCUUUGUCCAGCAGCUGGCUGCAAGGCUCAGAACCAAGGAACUGAUCACAUUCUUUGAGAAGGUUGGCCCGGUUAAAGAAGCUCAAAUCGUUAAAGACCGUGUUAGUGGUAGAUCUAAAGGGUGGGUUUCUUCAUGUUUCUUGAGUGGAAUCAGGAACUCGGCUAAUACUUAAGAAUAGUGUGGGAUAUGUCGAGUUCAAAGAUGAGGCCUCGGUGCCCAGAGCAAUUCAGUUGACAGGACAGAAGCUCCUCGGAAUUCCAAUCAUCGCACAGCUUACAGAGGCAGAGAAGAACCGUCAAGCCCGCGUUAGCGCUGCUGAGGCAACGACUACGAAUCAAAUCCCUUUUCAUAGGCUUUAUGUCGGGAAUAUUCACUUUAGUAUCACCGAAAGCGAUUUGCAAAACGUAUUCGAGCCAUUUGGGGAACUCGAGUUUGUUCAGCUGCAGAAGGAGGAGGGAGGCAGGAGCAGAGGCUAUGGUUUUGUCCAGUGAGCUGCGUGGCUACGACUUUCCCCAACGAUAUGCUAACAACUCUUUUUCAGGUAUCGUGAUCCCAACCAAGCUCGCGAAGCUUUGGAGAAGAUGAACGGUUUUGAUCUUGCUGGCCGCCCUAUUCGUGUCGGUCUUGGCAAUGACAAAUUUACUCCCGAAUCUACUGCUCAGAUGCUCCAGCGAUUUUCUGGUUACCAAGGGUUUCAGGGUUCAGCAUUUGAUUCCCGUGGCCGUGGGGGCAAUGACCGGGUUGGCCGUGCUGACGAUAAAGCUAGUGGAGCUGGCGCUAGUGCCCUUGAUGAUACCGAUGUCGCUGGGGUAAACUUCAAUAAUUAUAGUAGGGACUUGCUCAUGAGGAAAUUGGCGAGACAGGAUGAACCAGCACCUACCGACAAGAAAACGAAAUCGCCGGCCGCUUCGAAUGGCAAAGAUCUACCUAUAAGGCAAAAGUUACCAGAGAAGAUUGCCAAAACUCUCCCUCUUGAUGUACCUAUGGCGAGUAGAUGUGUUGUAUUAAAAAACAUGUUUGAUCCUGCAGAGUAAGUCUGGCCCUUGGAACACCAUCUGAUAAAGCCGUUUAGCAGCUAACACUGGCUGCCUGCUUAUAGAGAAACUGGCGAUGCCUGGGUUAGAGAUCUGGAAGAUGAUGUUAAAACAGAAUGCGAGAACAAGUAUGGACAUGUCGUUCACAUUGCCUUGGACCCCAACAGUCAAGGAGAAAUUUACAUCAAGUUCGAAAAAGUACAGGGAGGCGAAAAAGCGAUCCAGGGCCUGAACGGCAGGUUCUUCGGUGGCAGGAGGAUCUCAGCAAGUCCUGUUGUCGAUGCUGUAUACGCCAGCUUGUUUGGAAGAUCCAACAGCAAAACUAUUUAAUUGGUGUGCCUAGGUUUGGAAGGUGGACUGACGGUACGUUGUGUGCUGAAUUUCUCUUCUCUUGAAGUGGUAAAUCAUCCGUCCUCUGCAGACCAGGGAUCAGAUUAGCAUUUCCCAUUAUUCCCUCAUUUCAUUUUUUUUAUGGGUUUUAAGGCCUCUGUUUUUUUUUUGUAGCACGGUUUUCCCUUAUAUACUUGCCUGUUAACUCUUUUCACUUGCUUUGCGGAUAUAAGUUCGUUGCUGUCUAUAAGGUCUUGGAAAUUAAUAAUGAAAAUAUCGUAAACCCGGUAGUUUUCUGCCCUGUUACGCGCUCGCGGUGUUCUUUGGGUGGUGGAGGGUUAAAAUCUGGACUUUUGGGAGAUUUCCGAUAUCAUAUAUUGAGGUGAGAGGCUUUCGGUGGUGAUAAUUUAAAACGUAGAGUCUACUAGUAGGUUUUUAGGGAUGAUCACUCGAGUGCGUAGCAUGCCUCGACGCAAAUUGGAUACUCGUAGGCUAAUGGCGAUAGUGACAACAGGGUCGGCCCACUAAU